GGGGCGUGUCAUCGUGCGUUCAGCCGGAAGUAAAGACGUGAAACAGCAGCUGGUAACACUGUAGCACAGCGUGGACAUGGAGGACACACUGCUGUGGAUUGUGGGUGUGCUGUUACUCCUGUUCUGCAGUCUGGAUGUGUGGUAUUACUUGCGGGCAGUGGUUGUGCUGAUCCGGGCCUGGUUCCUCUCACCCGUAUUUGACAUCACAGCAGAGCAGACCGCUAGCGGACGAGUGGUUCUCCAUGAUGUUGACCUUUGCCACAUGAACAAUGCCCGCUACCUGCGCGAGUGUGACUUUGCCCGUUUCUCUCUGUACACCCGCAAUGGGGUGUUCAAGGCUUUAAGAGCUCUAGGGGCCACCAUGGUCGUUGGGGCAACUACCAUCCGCUAUAGACGGCCGCUGUGUGUAGGUGAGGCGUUUGAGAUUCGCAGUCGAAUCGUUACCUGGGACGAGAAGUCAUUUUACCUGGAGCAGAGGUUUGUAUCUUGUAAAGAUGGGAUGGUGUCGGCUGUUAUGUUCUGCAAACAGAAUGUCCUGCGCAGCAGUCCGGACAAGAUCCUCCAAUACCUGUGCAAGAGAAAGGUUGAAGUGCCAGAAUUUCCUGAAGACCUGCAGCACUGGAUCAAUUUCAUCUCCGCCAGCAGUAAAGCCCUCAGGGGGGAAGGUCAGCUCGAUGAUAAAAAGAGCGAAUGACGACUCGCUGCCUUAAAUGAACUCUCAAACACUGGUUUACAAAAACACAAGAACAUUCUGAUGCACAUACAUUAAUGUCUCAGGUGUUUGGACACUCUGAUGCAAAAUAAAACUGUGAUCUAAAAAUCUGAUUCAUGCUGCAUUAUGUAGUGUGCAUGCAUACUGUAAGACUGAGAAUAUGUAGAAACUAUUUUUUUAUUGUGUAUUACUGCCACUGACUGGACUGGAGUGUGAAGCAUUAAUAGA